UUAAAAUUUAUACAAUUUGUUAAAUUAUUUCAUAGCCUAGUUGCAGUGGUUUGUUAAUUGUGGCCAAGUAUUGUUGCCAAAUUAUUGUUAGUGAAUACUUAUUACUUGGUUAACAAAGGAUAAAAUAUGCACGGGCGUUCAUCCAUUGCUAGUAGUUUGGAUCCAAUAGAGGUUAGGAUUUUGAAACAGAGCUUUAGUGCCUAGGCCUAGGCAUACUCUCUUCAAUGGAUCCAAAUCGUUGGAAUAACGAAUCUCAUACGUACCCCAACUAUUUACAUUUCAAUAAUCAAAGUCAAAUCUGCAAUAAUGACUAUAGGCCCAUGUUUAGACCAAUCUCUGAUUCCAACACUUGUGGGAAUAACAUAGUAGGCCUGCAACAAAUUCAAAUUGUUCACCAUGAUGUGCCAAAUAAUAGUAAUUCUUAUAGGCCUAAUUGUCCACCACAUUUGUAUCGAGCCCCAGUCAUUAAUAAUCCCACCUGUGAUAGGUUACCUUCAUUCGCUCCGACAAUAGGCCUAAAUAAUUAUAACCAGAACGAGUUUUCAAACUCGGGCCCAAAUAGUUAUGGAUCACGAGAAAAUUUGAAAGGCCCUAUCUUCAAUUAUGGACCACCAUAUUAUCAAGGACAAGAUCUGAGUGAACCAACACUUUAUCAGAAUGUAAAUAUUCAUAUCCAUCCUGGCGCAGGCGCACAUGGGUAUUCAUCAGAAAAACCGGCUGAUCUACAUCCUCCCCUGUAUAAAAGUUAUCCACCCCCAGUUGAAAAUCGAUACAUAUCAAAUACAUCUAGGCCUAAUCAUAGCUUUCAAGAAAUGAAGAAAGAAGUAGUCCUACCCACCGAUUUAGAACACAUUGGCAUGAACAGUGAUAAGAAAAAUGAUCUUAACUUCCCAAUCUUGCCCCCUCAAAGAGAAUAUCCUCACCAAUCAAGCUUUUCUCGAAGUCUCUCUCCAAGAAAUGAUAAGGCCCACUACUCAAUUUCCUCUCGUAGGGAAGCUUCUCCCACAAGUUCAAAAUAUUAUGCUUCAAGAUCACCAUCAAGGAACCCCAUAAGAAAACGAGAUGAUUUACCUCCAAAGCGUAGACCUAUAGCAAGACGACCUGCCUAUCGCACACAAAAUCGAAGUUCAACAAUUAAAAGGACAGUUUCAAGAAAUAGAAAGCUCCAUAGGCCUCUACCAUCAAAGUGUAGAGGUAGGCCUAGACAAAGCCAUACUAAUAGCCGAUCUUCGAGGGACACAUGUAGAACAACUACCCCAGAUUACAAACGCAGGACUAAUGGCAAAAGAAACAUCCGUCGGAGACUGGAAAAGAAGAAAACACCUGAGAAAAAACCUGAUUAUGCUGCUCUGCUGGAGGAAGAGAAAAAGAUUUGGACCAGGACAUCUCCUGCUGAAUUGUUUUACACUCCAGGGUCAAACUACUCAGAGGAUUUGAAAAUCGUCCAAGGGACCGAAAAGCAGAAUGCACUUUGUAACGAAUUUGAUGAGAAACUGUUGAAACAAGCGGAUGCUAUACGGGCAAAUCUCCCAAAGUAUGAGCCACUCCAACGAAAGAAGAAAAUUUUGAGCAAACACAAAGGCUGCUGCUCCAGCAGUAGUAGCAGCAGUUCGUCUGAAAGCGAUGGAGAAGAAGACCAUACUAAUGAGGAGCUGGAGCAUAAGAAGAAACAUCCCCUAAGGCUCCAUCCAGAGCUCUGGUUUAACGAUCCAGGAGAGAUGAAUGACGGACCCCUAUGCCGGUGUAGCGCCAAGGCUCAACGCUCUGGAAUUCGACACAACAUUUAUGCCGGCGAAAACCAUCUCACCCUAUGUGAUCCCAACUCAAACAACGCUGACAGACUGCAUCAUUACCGUAUUACCGUCACACCUGUCACCAACUUUCUGAUUCAAUCACCAACUGUUAUCAUGCAUGAUGGCCAGGAAUACCUGUUUGAAGGAUUCUCAAUGUUUACCCACAAGAAGCUUGAUGAAUUACCUCUUUGCAAAGUUAUAAGAUACAAUAUUGAAUACACAAUACUCUACUAUGAGGAGAAGUUUCCUCAAAACUUCACUGUUAAGGAGUUAAAUCUUUUCUAUAACUACUUGUUCAAAGAAAUUCUUGAACUAGUGGACUUGGACUUCCACGCUGCUGGGGAUAAAGAAGGCUGUCCUCAAUAUCAUUUCAUGCCACGAUUUGUAAGGGGACUUGAAGAUAACGGGAAGGAGAUUCUCUCUAUGAAUGUUGUGUUGAAGUAUCUUCUCCAGAGCUCAAUACCCUUGAUCCCAAAAGAAGAUCUGUCCGAGAUUAAGAACAUGCCUCAGCACGAAUGGCAAAGAUUUACUGAGAAUAUCAAAGGUAUGAUCGUUACGUACCCUGGUAAGAAGCCAUCGUCUUUGAGGGUUGAUCAACUUGACCGAGACGAAGAUGAAGAUCAGGACAACGAGUCCGAUCAAGAUCAGGACAACGAGUCAGAUCUUGCCAGCAAGUCCACAUUGAAGUUUCCUGAAAUCGUCCACUUUGGCAUCCGACCUCCCCAGCUGAGCUAUGCUGGGAACCCUGAAUACCAGAAAGCUUGGAGGGAGUAUGUGAAAUUCAGACAUCUCAUGGCAAACAUGCCAAAGCCCUCAUUUAACGACAAGGAAAAAUUGGAGCUAAAGGAGAUCAAAUUGCAGAGCAUGAGGACGAAGAGUGAGCUGAAACGCAACGUAACUGUUACAGUUAGCAGUGAGAACUUUCGUCUUACAGGCAUCAUGUGUGAUGUUGUUCAGCAUGCAAUGUUGAUCCCGGUGUUGGUCUCCCAUCUGAGGUUUCACCGCUCAUUGGAUGUAUUAGAGGAAAGCAUUCACUACAAGUUUGAGAAACGCUAUCGCCUUCAGCUUGCCAUGACGCACCCCUCUUACAGGGAAAAUUUUGGGACGAAUCCGGACCAUGCCAGAAAUGCACUGACGAACUGUGGGAUUCGGCAACCAAAGUAUGGUGACCGUAAAAUACACUACCAGAACACAAGGAAAAGAGGCAUCAACACCUUGGUCAAUAUUAUGUCACAGUUUGGCGAGGAAGAAGAGACGGAGUCUGAGAUCACGCACAAUGAGAGACUAGAGUUUCUUGGAGAUGCUGUGGUGGAGUUUGUGUCAUCUGUUCAUCUGUUCCACUUGUUCUGUGAACUUGAGGAGGGUGGGCUGGCUACCUACAGAGCGGCAAUUGUGCAAAACCAACAUCUUGCACUUCUGGCUAAGAUCCUACAUCUGGAGGAGUUCAUGCUGUAUGCUCAUGGAUCUGAUCUAUGCCAUGACCUGGAGUUGAGACACGCAAUGGCCAAUUGCUUUGAAGCACUGAUGGGUGCUUUGUUCCUCGAUGGUGGCAUUGAAGUUGCGGACAAAGUGUUUGGACAAGCACUCUUCAAAGAACAUACGAACUUGUUAGAGGUGUGGGUAGACUACCCUCCUCAUCCGUUACAGGAGCAGGAGCCUUUGGGCGACCGCAAAUGGAUUCCUGUGUUUGAACUGCUACAGAAACUGACUAAGUUUGAGGAGUCUACCGGAAUCUACUUUGACCACAUAAGACUGCUGGCUCGUGCAUUUACUGACCGAAGUAUGGGAUAUACACAUCUCACAUUAGGAUCGAAUCAAAGACUAGAGUUCCUUGGAGACACAGUCCUGCAGCUGAUCACAUCUGAAUUCUUGUACAAGCAUUUCCCUAAACAUCAUGAAGGUCAUCUGUCGCUCUUGAGGAGUGCUCUCGUCAAUAACCGAACACAAUCCAUUGUGUGUGAUGACCUCGGUAUGGCUCAGUUCACCAUCUCCUCCAACCCAAAAGCUGAGCUCAAGACAAAAGAUCGAGCCGAUCUGUUGGAAGCCUUCCUUGGUGCCUUAUAUGUUGACAAAGAUUUGGACUUUUGUAAAACCUUCUGUGAUGUCUGUUUCUUCCCACGAUUGAAAGAGUUCAUUCUAAAGCAGGAUUGGAACGAUCCCAAGUCAAAACUACAGCAGUGCUGCCUUACUCUGCGUACUAUGGAGGGUGGAGAACCUGAAAUCCCAGUCUACAAAGUGGUUGAAUGCAUGGGACCAACGAAUACCCGGAUUUACUCAGUCGCCGUCUACUUUAAAAACCAGAGACUUGCGAAAUCCUCUGGUCACAGCAUUCAGCAGGCCGAAAUGAAUGCUGCCAAGAAUGCCCUGAAAAACUCAGAAGGGUUAUUUCCCCAGCUCGAUCAUCAGAGACGGGUCAUAUCUAAGACAAUGAAUCAUCAGAAGCAGGGGGGCAAUACAAAGACAUCUCCAUUAUCCACUAAAGACACCAAGGGUGAUGUGUUCUCUAAAACAAUUCGAUCCAGGACACCACCCCUGGCAUACAGAAGCAGAAAUAAAUCACCGAGUCCGAAGAUGAGUUCUGAGAAAGAAGAAAAAAAAGAAGAACCUGUGAUAUGUAAACCUUCUACCAGUAAAGUGGCUAAAGACACCAAGGGUGAUGUGUUCUCUAAAACAAUUCGAUCCAGGACACCACCCCUGGCAUACAGAAGUAGAAAUAAAUCACCGAGUCCGAAGAUGAGUUCUGAGAAAGAAGAAAAAAAAGAAGAACCUGUAUCAUGUAAACCUUCUACCAGUAAAGUCAGCCCAAAAGCAACAGAUACCAGUGCUUCAAGACUACCGAGAAAAAGAUCACAAGAGGGUGGAAAAAGAAAAAAAUCACCCUCGCCAAUACCUAGACCAAAGCAAAAGAAACUUGAAGAUAAGGACAGAUCAGGAGUAGGAAGAUCGUCCCCAAUAAAUGGGCGUUUAAAAUCAAACCCUAUGCCGGUUGUGGCGACGUCCACAAGAAAUUAUAGGACGGUGGUUGAUACACAUGUAUCAAGAAAAUCAAGAAGAAGUAGAUCUCCUGUUGGCCGAGAUGUGCACAGGAGAAAACUUAGAAGUAUUUCUAAGGAAACCGAAUCCAGAAACAAGAACUUGACAAGUAAUCGCUCUAGAAGGAGCAAAUCAAAGUCACCCAGGAGCGUUUCAUAUUCAACUCGUGGAAGGAGAAGUCCAGUCCCUCGUAGACACAGAUCUCCGAAGAUCCCUUCCAGGAGCAUUAACUACAGGAGCAGGUCUCGUUCUCCUCGUAGCCCUCCAAGAAAUCAGUAUUCAGAUAAAAAGGAUUUAAAAAAGAAUAUGUCAGACUUUUUGCUGGGAAAAAGAUCUUCCCCUGGCAUAGAGACAAGAAAAGCUCAAAAUUCAACUUCAUGGUUGUUUGAUAUAAUGUAUGGAAAAUGAAAAGAUCAUACUUAAGAGCAGCUUUAAAGAGUCAAUUGAACAAUUUUGUAUCAGUUGCUCUAUUUACAUAUUUCUAACUGUGCCAUAAUUUUACUAUGUAAGAUAUAGUCAAACCUUGCCUUAGGUCAUAUAAUAUGUAAAUUUUGUACAGUUUUUGUAGCAUUUUGUUUGCGUAAAAUAAUUAUUACCAUAUGUUUUUAUAAGUUGUCAUAUGUUCCUACUUAAUGUGAGAAGAGUUGUGAGUUAAAAGUUUUACUUUUUGAUGAAGUAUUUUGUUAGAAAUCUGUUUAUGUACGAGACACAAUUGCAGAUAAUUUGCUAUGGCGAUGUGUUGUAACAAUUUGAUAUCAUUGUUUACUUUAGUUUUACAUGACUUUUUUAGUAUUUAUAGGAUUGCGACUGACUGCCUUAUAACAAGUUCUAGAUUAAAGAUUACAGACUUUUAUUAGUCUUUAGGGAUAUACAAAGAAUGCAUUUGACAUUGUGUUAUUAAAUAAAAAUCUUUUUGCAAAACUAAAUGCAGUAGACCCUCUAUAAUCCGGCGCUAUUUCACUCAGACACUCCAGUAAUCUGGUGUCUUUUGACAGGUGUGGUCUUCCACGAUCGAGGCAAGAUUCUGAUUAUCUCCCGCAGCCUUGUAGACAUAAUCAUCUUCUCCCGUGGUUACAAAAAUGUCAAGGUUGACUUGCGUGACUGCGGCAAAUUCAUUAACAUCUCCUACGGUUGUGUGGACAUUAUCCGCAACCACAGCAAAAUUCUGAUCAGCUCCCGCGGCCGUUAAGACAUUAUUACUGUCUCCCGCUGUUAGGUAAAUUUCAUAGCCGUCAGAUUCAAUUGUGGCAAAAUUAUGAGCAUCUCUCACAAUCCUGUAGACAUUAUUAUCGUCUCCUGUGGUCAUGGAAACGCCAUCGUCAUGUGUGAACAUGUCAAUAGCGGUUUCCAUGACCGCAGGAGACGAUAAUAAUGUCUACAGGAUUGUCAGAGAUGCGGUUUCCGAUGGUGCGAUCUUUGCAGACGUGUUUUGUUAAUUUUAAUUGUUUAUAUUGACAUUAUAGUAAUCCCCGGCAUUUUCACUUAUACGUCAGUAUCAUAUCAUGUCCUAUAUCUGCCAAAUUACUGAGAGUCUACUGCAUUAUGAGGGACAGAUUUAUCCUGGCCAGUUUCCAACACAAAUGUUGUACACGUUCUUCCCAUUUUUUCUUAUUUAUUUGAAUUCCCAGUAGUUUAACAGAACUUUCAGACUUGUAUGAUUUUUCCAUUUACAACUUUUCUGGUAUUAUCACAUUUAGAACUGCUGUUAGUACAUUAUGGUGAAGUCAUGCUUAUUUUGUUCGUUAUGUUCACUCUUUUGAGAUCACCUACGAAGUUUUUUUAGGUUGACACUUUCAUUAUUCACAUAUUUUUAUAUUAACACUGAAUACAUAACACAUAAUAUUAUUUACAUAUUACAUACAGGCGUACAUAAAAAAAAACGGAAGUUUUGCUGCCCCACCCUGUAUUAUUAUUUACAUCAUCCAGUAUGCCGGUAUGGAUUACAUAAUAAACUGUUUAGUUAAUAAACACAAAAUACAUAAUAGGUUUUACAGUAUGUCUGAUGAUAAUGCAAUAUUUUUGGUGCUGUAUUGAUAAACACUUGACGUGAAUUAGCAUAUUAUUGUAUAUUUUAGUUUAGUUAUAAUCCUGAAAAUGCCAUCUGUCUUCGCGAAUUUCCCUAUAGGGAGGUAGCUAUUUUUAUCUAAGCCUUAAAGAUGUGACAAAGAAUUAUUUAUUUUAUUUAUCUUUUUAUUUAAUAAACAAAAGUACUUAAUCAGAUUCACAAUACAGUAUGUUCGUUUGUUUUACAUAAUAACAUUUGCAGUUAACAUAAUUUUUUUAAUACAUGACAUAAUUUACAUAAUACAGCGGUAUGUUUUGAAUAAUAAAUUCAAUUAUAUAUAUUUUUUCUUACCGUCUACGCAAUCAGGGGGCAAUACUGCAUUACAGCCAUUUUGUAGAUAGCCCCAUCUUGAGGUGCAUAGUGGUACAAUAAACUAUGGUCUUAUUACACUAAACACGAGAAGUCUUCUUUUCAUUCCGUCAGUGGUUAAAUAAAUAUUAAACAUUUAGUAUUUAUUUAACCACUGACUAAAACCAUUCUCUUAGUGCAAUUUACAUAAUGCAGUAUGUUAGUAUGAUUUACACAAUGCAUUGUUAAACCUCGAUAAACUAUUAAUUCAAUUUAUUAUUAUUCAUUACAUCACAUGAAUCUAAUUAACCAAUUGAAUUUGACAUACAAUAGAAUCAAACAGCUGAUUUCAAGAUGGUAACUAUGAAAUACUACCUACAUUUCAAUAAGAUGUUUCGCUUUUAAAUUCACUGUUAUGCCCCUGAGCUGGAGAUAACUAUUUUAAGUCUUAUUACUUACAUCGUGAGCUCAAAAUAUUUUAUAGUGAGUCUCAGUACAUGUUUCGAUACUACUGUGUCAUCUUCAGCCAAGCACUAGUGAAGAUUUUUCUACCAAAUGUUUUUUGUGAUAAAUGAGUAGCGUCGAAAAGUGUUGUACCAUAAAAUAUUUUGAACUGAUGACGCAAGUAUUAAGUCUUACAAUAUAAUCCAUCCAAUCACCAAAUUUUAAGUGGAUCGAGUGAUCUCAAUUGAGUUGAAGUGAUUUUAUAUCCAAAGUUCUAGUUAUAAAACAAUGAUUGUUAUUUCAAGGUUAGAUAUUUAAGACAGCAUUUAUUCAAUGUUUUUUACCAAUAAAAUAAUUUUGUUACA